GCAGCGGAUAACUUUUUCUUUUUGCACACAUAUUAUUUUGUAAAUAAACGACGUAAUAUUUUUUACCAAAAAAGAAAUUUUUUAUUUACUUUUCUUAAUCAUACCUUCAAGGGGAAAAAAUAUUCAUUCAAUUUUAUGCAAUAGUUCCUGAGAAAAAAAUUAUUGAAAAUACGCUUCUUUUUUUUGUGCGUUCACAGUGAAAUGCCCCCUUAAUUAAAUACUUGUGCCAAACACUUAACGAAAUAUAAGCCUAUGUUAUAAAUAUCGUAAUUUAAUUUCAAGUCGAAACGCUUAAAUAAAAUUAAGGCGACCCUAUCGUGUCAACUUGCUAUCUUUGAGAGCUUCACAGGGAACAAGCUCGUACGAACAAUGAUCCCGUGAACUGUUUCGAUGUUCGUCUGAGGAUAAACCGGUCUUUAAGAAGCGAACGAGACGAUCGAACCUGUGUCACUGUUCCUGUCCCGAUACCGACCAGCCGACCACUUAUUUUCGGUCCGUCCAAAUUCAAUGGCAGAAGUUACUGGCCGUUUGCCAGCAGUGCUCCAGCGGAGACGUUGGAGCUGCGAAAUCAUCAAGGGUUCAGUAAGCUGCUCAAACGACUCGCCAGAGUGUAAAACAAUUAUUUAAAAAAAAUGAGAUUUUCUGUCAGAAUUUGGACGACAUUUCUCCAUUUAUGAUAUUUUCUUAUAGGAAUAAAAGUAAAUAGACCUUCUUAAUCUAUUAGUUAAGAAAACGUCAAGUAAUUCAAUAUUAAUUUAUUAUAUAUCGACGCAGAAGCGAUUUAAGCGGCCUGUGUUUGCCGCGGUUGAAUGUAGCGGGUAUUGCCCCGACGAAUAAUACAAAAAUAAGAUCAAGGAGUGUCAACAGCGUGGGAUAAUCAGGUACCAAAAUGCCACGAAGGACAGUUGCGUUCGAGCAGUUGAGACGGAAGGAUGUAGUAACGUUAAUAAAUAUUCUAUAUCGAAAAUGAUUAAAUAUGCAAAGUGAUUAUCGUGACUGAUUUUAAAAUCACUAGUGGUGUAUUAAUUAAUUCUCAAACAAUUUACAGGUGAAAUGGAGUAAUUUUUACUUAGUACGAGCUACACACUUUAAUAAUUGCAGUAAUAGACCGAAAUAUCUGUCUCUGUUAAAAUGUGACAAGCUCUAGCAAAGAGAAUAUUUGUACACGUAUAUAAUAAAUAUAGAAAGUAGUGAAAAUUGUAUAUAAAAUGAUCCCUCUUUUACUUUUAUCUGUACUUCAUUCAUUCGCAUUCGAUGGAAAUACGAUGUUAAAAGAAUUGGGAGAAAAAAGAUACCAAACAAUAAAAGCAAAAUCUACUUUGUCUCAACAUGGAUUAUGUUGGCACAAUGCUCUUAAAACAAUAACAGAUAGCUGUAAUAACUUAAAUGAUCAAAAACACUCGCUAUUAGCUCUUCAAUUGGCACAGUGUUUUUUAGAAGACUCUGGACACUCAUCUUACAAUUGUCAUCUUAGUAUGUCAGAAAAGCAACGGCGUGAUUGCAUUAAUAAUAUGUCGGAUAGAGCAUUUAAUGUAUACAAUGAAUUUUAUAUACAUACCACGCAUAUCUGUUUUUAUUUAAAUUAUGAGGCUUGGCAAGCUGAAACUGAUAACACGAUUAAGGAAUUGUAUCAAGUUUCCUCGAGAAUGAGGGAACAGUUAUUGGAGGCUUCAGAAAUGCAGGGAGCUAUGCUGGAAACUCAAAGAGAAAGUUUAAAAAUGCAAGAUGAGCUUUUAGUUCACGGAAAACAACUUGGUAUUGUAAUAAAAUCUUCAUCUGCAAGUGUUCAAAAUAUGGUAAAAGAUUUCAAGGAAUCUGCAAAAGACCAAAGAGAAUUAUUAUUUGAGAUUUUUUCGUACUUACGUACUUUUCAAGACUGGAUUUUAGGCGAAAUCUCUUGGUUUCAAUCCAUUAUGUAUUAUACAGUUAGUUGCAUAUUAUGUGCAUUAUUUAGUUCUUCUAAAAGGACUGUGGAUGCUAGAAUUACACUUUUCACGAUUUUAAGUGUAAAUGUUAUAGUAGAACGAAUGUUAGUUCAAUAUUAUAGUAAUAAUACAUCACAUUCCAACAAUAGUAAGGAAAAUUUGAUAAAUACGACAUGGAUGUACCGAAAAAUAGCUUUAAUUCUAUGUGCUAUUUCAUUGUUUUGUACAUACUAUUUUUACAAAGAUGAACAAGUGGAAAACCAUAAAGUAUUAAAACGGAUUGAGCAUCGAUUGAAUACUAUACAGGAAGUUACAUCUGUCUGUAACACUAACUGUUCAAUUCGUUAUUCUACGCGAUUAGCUAUGAAACGUUUACAGUCAAAAGCAAAUACAGAAAAUAAAGUGGUGAAUUCUUUGUAAUAAAUUUGAGGUAAUUAAAAAAAGAAAAAUAAAAUA